AGUAGCAUCAUGCGUAAUGAACUUCCCCAUCUUUCAUGGUGGUCUAUGACCGCGGCGUGGCUUAUUUACCGUUCAUUCUCGUCGUCAUUAAUUAUUCACAUUGGUGUCACGAUAUAAAGUUAACACGAACGUUUAACGUUGGAGAGUAAGGCGUCGUCGAAUUAUGACCACGGUUGUGUUAAAAUACGAAGUAUUUGCCACGCGUUUGAAAUAUUAACCUACAAAGGUAUCGACAGCAAUGUGGGAUGACUCGAGCUCUGAGAUUUGGCGUAAAAUUAAUGAAGAUUUCUGGCGUCGAAUUGAAAAGUAACGUCGCGACCUUAUUCUUCCUUCUCGUCCUUCUGGAUUGAUGAGUGUAAGAUCGAUCGACUUUUCGGUGGCGUGCAUCAACGCCGUCUGAGGUCGUGACCAUGGCGAAUCCUGACAGAAAAUCCAACGAACCGUACCGCGAACUGGAAGAAUCGCACGGUGCCGAGCUGAACGUUUGUGCUCAGAGCACGUCGAGCUGUCCAACGAGUCUCGAAAAUGGCACCGAACGAUCCAUGGAACUUUCUUCCGUCGUGGUCAUACCUGACGAUACGUUUACUGUGGUGCAAGCUAUCAAUGCACUGGGCUUCGGUAAAUUCCAAGUCAAGCUGUCUCUGUUCACGGGUCUGUGUUGGAUGGUGGACAGUAUGGAGAUCACCAUACUGAGCAUCCUGAGUCCAUCCCUGCACUGCGACUGGGGCAUUUCCAGAUACCAACAAGCACUGACAACAACGGUAGUCUUUCUUGGCAUGAUGUUAAGUUCCACGUUCUGGAACAACUUGAGCGAGAGAUACGGUCGCAAGCAAGCCUUGACUUUGUGCGCGGUGCUGCUGUCUUACUACGCCUUUCUCAGCUCAUUCGCACCGAACUUCCUCUGGAUCCUGUUGCUUCGGGGAGUUGUAGGCUUUGCUAUUGGUUGUGUACCGCAAUCAGUGACAUUGUACGCCGAGUUCCUCCCAGCGAAGCAGAGAGCAAGAUGCGUUAUUUUACUGGAUUGUUUCUGGGCGCUCGGAGCUUGUUUCGAGGUCGCGAUCGCCCUGAUCGUCAUGCCCAAUUUCGGCUGGAGAUGGCUUCUCAUACUGUCAUCCAUUCCGCUCUUCGUAUUCGCCGUGAUAACACCGUGGCUCCCAGAGUCUACAGUGUUUGACAUGGCAACUGGCAGAAUAGAUCGCGCGAUCUCUACAUUGGAACGCGUAGCUAGGGAAAAUAAGAAAUCAUUGCCUCUGGGGAGACUAGUUAUGGAUCGCUUUUACCAAGGCCACCACGGACGAUUCAGAGAUGUUCUGAGCAAAGAGAUGUGCAAAACGUCCGCUUUACUCUGGCUUGUUUGGAUGACCACAGCCUUUUGUUACUACGGAGUAGUGUUGAUGACCACCGAGCUCUUUCACACAUCCUCGGAGCAAUGCGGCUCCCUGGACGCGAGCAGGGAGGAGGAGGACACGUGCCAAUUCGACUGCCGACUACGGCGCGGCGAUUACAUCGAUCUGCUUUGGACCACGCUGGCGGAAUUCCCCGGCAUUUUCUCCACCGUCUACGCGAUCGAGAAGAUCGGCAGGCGGAAGACGAUGGCCUGCCAGUUGGUGAUGUUCGCUAUGGUGGUCUGCUUUUUGGGCAGGACCUGCUUAUUGAGCAGAGCGGCCUUGACCAUCGCCAUUUUCCUGGCCAGAGGCUUGAUCGCCGGGGUGUUUCAAGCCGCGUACGUGUACACGCCCGAGGUGUACCCCACGCAUUUGCGCAGCAUAGGUGUAAGUGCGUGCAGCGCCAUGGCGCGAAUCGGCGCGAUGGUCACGCCGUACAUAGCGCAGGUGUUUCUGCAAUGGUCCAUCACGGGGGCGAUGGCGAUCUACGCGACCACAGCGUUGUGCGCGGCGAUCGCCACACUCGCGCUCCCUGUGGAGACCAAGAGUCAGCAAUCAAACGAUACGAGUCAAGAGAAUAGGUAGAUGUACUUCUGUUGAAAUAUUUUAGCAGGCGCUUCGCAACCUUGAAGUUACUUUUAAGCAGGGUUGAGUAAUAAUUAGUUCAAAUUCAAGUCAAGAAGUUAAUAAAAGAAAAGUUUUCGGGCACUUGCUGAAAUUGUGUAAUCAAAGAGAAAAUAACGUACUGAUCGCCCGUCAUUUUGCACAGAGCAAUUGUUACAGCGCGUGUCUCGUGAUCUAAAUUUGAUUUGGGCCUUGUUUUAAGACAAUUUUAUGCUAAUAACCUUUCUUUAGAUGCUACUCUUAUAAUUACUUGCAAUUUGAAAUGUAAAAAUUGGUUUGAGAUUGUAAAUAUUAGUAAAUUCUGAUUUUUGUAACCACAGUAUUCACCAAUGAAUAGAAAACAAUAUAUUAGAACAAUAUAUUGAAACUACUGGAGAUACAGUUAGUAGAGGUGUUUGAGGUGUAAAUAUUUUUCUAUGUUAUUGAUGGUUUGACGAAGGUAGAAAAUAAAUAUUGUUGCAUCUGGAGGAUAGUAUACAUAAUUAACUAUGCGCGCUAAACUUUGAGUGUGGAGAGUGAUGUCCGGAAACUUUUGGCAGACAAUAUAUGUACAUAGUUUUGCAUAAUAUCAUUUAACUUUAACAAGUUAAUUAGCUUUUAAUUAAGUUAAUCUUUGUUU